AUGACUUCCAGCCAAAAACGCACCUCCGCCGCCCCAUCCUCCCCAGUCACGAGCCGAUCGUUCCUGUCCCGCCUCAAGUCGCCCUUGUCCUCCAAGUCGCGCAACUACACCGAGUUCUACAUCCAGUCCGACGACCCACAUCGCCACUACGCGCCUGGCGACGUCAUCAGCGGAACCGUCAUCAUCAAGAUCGUCAAGCCGCUGCGCAUUACCCACCUGGUCGUGUCGCUGCACGGCUAUGCCCAAGUCUUCAAGAACCCAAAUGCGCCCGGCGACGCCUACAAAAACUACUCGUCGACG